GCGCAUUUCUGCGACAAUAAUUACUCUUUGAAUGUAAUAGAUUUUAAAUAUUUGUUUUCUCACACUUCGCAAAUUUUCAUCAACUAUCGCAUUCAGGAAACUGCUGUCACCGGAUCUAUUCCCACUCUACGAGCACAACACCGAGGAGAGCAUUUUGCCUUUACCUAAGAUUUUGAAGUUUGCUGGUCUAGAUCGCAGUGACAGCAACGCUGUUCUAGAACUGUUGCUGGAAGUCACAGAUAAGUGGCUGUCUCUAAAAAGUAACUCAAAAGGAAUACAAACUGCUCGAAAAUCCUCAUUUGUAGGUGCAAACGACAUCAUCGAGAAAGCUCUGGAUCGAAUUGACGCUAUAAAGGCAUUGAGGCUGGAUAAAGGCAUAAACAAUAUCACAAUGGCUAUUGAUACUGCUUUCAAAAGGCUUGAAAAAAGCCUUCAGCCCGAACAAAAACGGCAUUUGAGUGAACGUCAUUUUGCUUUCCUUGAAAAAGAACAGUUGGAGAGCAUCUUUGCAAAAGAGGGUAGGUUUUAUACUUUGUGAAC